UAAGCCUACUGUCAUUAAAGAUCUAAUAUUGACUAAACAUUUAGUUAUUUAAAAAAAAAAAAAGAACAUUUAGCCUACAUAGUCUAAUUGGAUUUUAAAAAUAAAGUUAAAAAGUAGUUCUCAUGGUUCAUGGUUCUUUUUAUGAAGCGGCGUAUUAGUCUCUGAAUACAGAGGCGAAAUAUUAAACAUGUAUUACGCCACUGUAAAUGAAUCUAACGAAAUUAGCGAAGUCACUGUUGGAUCAGGAGGGACAACCAAGCCAGUCAUUUCUGUUACUGAGUUCGUUCCCUUAGAAAUAUUUGUAACCAGUGAACAGAGGAGAAUCGCUGAGAUAGUCCUGGACUUCACCGUCGCAUUCGUCAUCGCUUACAUAGGAGUAGUCACCAACGCCAUCGUCAUCGCAGUCUUCGUCAAACAAGGUCUCAAAGACAGUGUCGCGGUCUCUAUGACAGUGAUCGCAGUGUGGGACUUCUUUAAAUGCCUAGGUGGCGCUGCACAGAGGAUGGCUGGCCCGAUAAGCUUGGCGUCCCAGGUGGCAGCCAAGAGCUGGAUUAACAUCUCAGUGGUUGUAUUUAAUUACUUCAUUUCCUUCUCCUCGUACGUCGCCAGUGUGCUGGCUGCCUAUGUCGCAGUAGAGCGCUGCCUCUGUGUCAGCAUGCCGUUCAAGGUGAAAGAGCUCAUUACGCCCAAAGUCGCUCUUUUCUUUUGUUUGCUUAUCUCCUUUGUUGUCUUCGGCUGUUUCAUGGUGAUGUUUUUCGUGUAUGACAUUGAUUUUGUGUACAGCGAUGUGUACAACGCCACUUUGGCAAUAUACUUAAACAAUGACUUCUUCUAUAGGAACUCUGGCCCGCUCUUUAAGUACUAUAAUCUUUCUGGCAUCAUCUGGCCAACUACAAGCCUUGGAAUCGUGGCUGGGUCCACGGCCAUCAUCGCCUACCAUCUUAAAAAGUCGUCCCACUUCCGGUCGCGUGCAAGCUGCGUUAAAAAUACCGACAAUUACACAGAGAAGCACAAAGCUAAAAACAGCAGUGAUGAUCAUCUCUCCGCUCGGGACAGACAGGUGGUUAAAAUGCUCCUAGUGGUCAUCGGUGUCAAUGUUUUGACCUUGUCUCCAAGGAUCGUCCAUUACAUGGUCAAAUACUUCAUCUACGAGUUCUACUUCCUGCGGGCCUACCAUAACCUGUUCCUGUGUAUCACGUACAUUCUGGCAGUCUUCGACCUCACCAACGCAGCAUUCAAUGUCUUUAUAUUUUACCAGAUGAGUACUGCUUUUAGAAAGACUUUCUGGGAAAUAUUCUCUUGUGGAAAGAAAUGA